UUGAAUUUGAAGCCUUCAGCACUCUACAGCUCAAACAGAUCAGCGGAUAAAAACAUGCAGGUACUAGCUCUCAUCGCGACAGGAGCCGCCGUUCUGGCGUCGAUGCCGGCCGUGCAGGGCCACGGCUAUAUCGUGGACCCGGCCGCACAGUGGGUGGACGGCUAUCCGAACAACGGCUACGGCAGUACAGUCGACAACGAGAUCUGGGGCGUCUACGAUAACUCGAAGUACGGCUACGGCGUGAACGGCACGUUGAACUUCUUCAAGGCCACGUUCCCGACGAAGGGCUACGACUCGCUCGGUGCGUUCAUCGCGAAGAACCAGGAGCUCUACAGCAGUAAGACGGACCCUGAUUGCGGUCUGACCGUAUACAAGGAUUCAGCGCGGUCGGAGCUACCGGCGUCACAGCUCGAGUACACUGGAUUUACCCACACGGGUCCGUGCGAGGUCUGGUGCGACGACACCAAGGUGUUGUUCGACUAUGACUGCCAGACCAAAUACCCGGAUAUUCCUGCCAAGAUUCCGUACGAUGAAUCCAAGUGCGCUAAUGCCAACCGCCUCACUAUCUACUGGCUUGCUCUGCACGGAGACCCGUGGCAAGUGUACACAGACUGCGUGUGGCUAGAGGGCGGCUCUGGCAGUGGCGCAGCUCCUUCGGCUGUUGGCGCCGGUGCGUCGACAGUCACUGCUGGCUCCGGCUCGAGUUCAACGCCAACUACCACUGCGCCGUCCACCAAUGCGUCCCCGUCGACCAGUACCACCACUAGUACGACAGCACCAAGCACUGCUACGACGGACGCGUCAGCAUCGAAGGAGACUGGCGGUGAAGCGUCGACGUCUGUUAAUGAGACCCCCAUGGCGACCACAGCUCCGCCCACGUCGACGACGGAAGAGACCACCCCUGCUACUGAGGCCCCCUCUACUCCUAAUACGCCUACCAGCGCCAAGUGCUCUCGUCGCAACUAGAUUUAUUGAGUGAGAAUCGUUUCGUCAAUCACCCGAGGUAGAUGUUUGUCCAGCAAAUGAGUGUCGUCAAGUAUAAAACACUGCAGUGAAGACUGUAUUAUCAACAUGGAAUUGUUGUGCUCAAUGAAUUGAUUCCGUUGCU